CCCACUAGCUUCCGUUGACAUCCACACGCCCACAACUCUUUCACUCUUUUCACUUCCGAUGCAAGACCUACGAAGUUGCUCCGACGACGCCGUACGACUCCACCUGAAUCCUCCUUCCAUGGGAGCUACCAGCGGCGGUCUCUCCAUAGACGAGGAAGAAUCGGUAGAGACCCGAAUCCAGCGGCUGAUAUCAGAGCACCCGGUAAUCAUCUUCAGCCGAUCAUCCUGCUGCAUGUGUCAUGUCAUGAAGAAACUCCUUGCCACCAUCGGUGUCCACCCCACCGUCAUCGAACUCGAAGACAGCGAGAUCGCUUCCCUCCCGUCCCCUCCCGCCCAAGACAGCCUCUCGGCCAAGAACCCCGCUCCUGCUGUCUUCAUUGGCGGCACUAGCAUCGGCGGCCUCGAAUCCCUCGUCGCCCUCCACGUCUCGGGCCACCUCGUCCCCAAGCUCGUCGAAGUUGGCGCCUUAUGGGUAUGACAGUAGAAUUACAUCAUAAUAUCAUGGGGUUUUGCUUAUCACUAUCAUAGUUAUUGUAACUUAUAUUGUGAUUUUCAUAUGAACAUAAAAUUAAUUAGGAUCGAUGCCAGUACGUAAUCCAAUCAGGAAAUCAAAAUAAUUUUCUGCUUUGGUUUUUCAUAUGAAUCAUAUCCAUAUAUGGUACUGUAAUAUUUGAUAAGGUAGGAAUGAAUUAGUUUUUAUGAU